UCACUACCUGCCUGUCAUCCUCACUGCCACAAUGCUGGCCUCGGGGCUGCUUCUGGUGGCUUUGCUGACCUGCCUCUGUGUAAUGGUGUUGAUGUCUGUCUGGAGGCAGAGGAAGCUCUGGGGGAAGCUGCCUCCCGGACCCACUCCACUGCCCUUCAUUGGGAACUACCUGCAGCUGGACACGGAGCAGAUGUACAACUGCCUCAUGAAGCUGAGCAAGCACUACGGCCCCGUGUUCACCAUCUACUUGGGGACUCGCCGGGUGGUGGUGCUGUGCGGGUACGAUACCGUGAAGGAGGCGCUGGUGGAUCAGGCUGAGGAGUUCAGCGGGCGGGGCCAGCAAGCCACCUUUGACUGGCUCUUCCAAGGCUAUGGCAUAGCGUUCAGCAAUGGGGAGCGCGCCAAGCAGCUGCGGCGCUUCUCCAUCACCACCCUGCGGGACUUCGGCGUGGGCAAGCGCGGUAUCGAGGAGCGCAUCCAGGAGGAGGCGGGCUUCCUCAUCCAGUCGUUCCGCGACACCUGUGGAGCCUUCAUAGAUCCUACUUUCUACCUGAGCCGUACAGUCUCCAAUGUCAUUAGCUCCAUUGUCUUUGGUGACCGCUUUGACUACGAGGACAAAGAGUUCCUGUCACUGUUGCGCAUGAUGUUGGGAAGCUUCCAGUUCACAGCUACCUCCACCGGGCAGCUCUAUGAGAUGUUCUCCUCAGUGAUGAAGCACCUGCCAGGACCACAGCAACAGGCCUUUAAGGAGCUGCAGGGCCUUGAGGACUUUAUAACCAAGAAGGUGGAGCAGAACCAGCGCACCCUGGAUCCCAACUCCCCACGGGACUUCAUCGACUCCUUUCUCAUCCGCAUGCAGGAGGAGAAAAAUAAUCCCAACACAGAGUUCUACAUGAAGAACCUGGUGCUGACCACACUGAACCUCUUCUUUGCCGGCACGGAAACGGUCAGCACAACCCUGCGCUAUGGUUUCCUGCUUCUCAUGAAGCACCCAGAUGUGGAGGCCAAGCUCCAUGAGGAGAUUGACCAGGUGAUUGGCAGGAACCGGCAGCCCAAGUUUGAGGACCGAGCCAAGAUGCCCUACACAGAGGCAGUGAUCCAUGAGAUCCAAAGAUUUGGAGACAUGAUUCCCAUGGGCCUGGCUCGGAAAGUCACCAAGGACACCAAGUUUCGGGACUUUUUAAUCCCCAAGGACACAGAAGUGUUCCCUAUGCUGGGCUCUGUGCUGAGAGACCCCAAGUUCUUCUCCAACCCUGAAGAUUUCAACCCCCAGCACUUCCUGGAUGACAAGGGGCAGUUUAAGAAGAGCGAUGCGUUUGUGCCUUUUUCUCUCGGAAAGCGGUACUGUUUUGGAGAAGGCCUGGCUAGAAUGGAGCUCUUUCUCUUCCUCACCACCAUCUUGCAGAACUUCCACUUCAAGUCCCCGCAGGCGCCCCAGGACAUAGACGUGUCUCCUAAACUCGUGGGUUUUGCCACAAUUCCGAGGAACUACACCAUGAGCUUCCUGGCCCGCUGAGCUGGGGCUGGGUCAUGGGGAUGAGGGGAAGGUAGGGUGCAGGGAAAGGGAGAUUGGAAGGAAAGUAAGGGGCAAGUUGGAAAGAAGAGGGAGAAGAAUCAGAGUGGACCACCCACCUUCCUAGACACUGUCCCUCAGAGCUCAGUGAGAGGAAGGGAAAUCUUACACUAUGCAGUGGAAGUAGUAAUAGUAGCAGUAGUAAUAAUAACAAUAAUAUAAACGAUAAUAAUAAUAACAGCUAUUCUUUUCAGCAAGCAUUCUUUGUCAGCUCUGAGCUAAUAGCGUCACACAACCUCCCGACUUAAUACUCAAAAACCCACGUGAACGGGAACGGUGUUCAUGCCCACUUUAUUUAUUUGUUUUUUGUAAUCAUUUACUUUGACAUCUUUCUGGUAAUACCAUAAUAUAACUAACCAUUUGCUAUGGUUGGCCAUUUAGGUUGUAUACUUUAAAUUUUAAUUGUUACUUUGCUCUUGGGCUUCUCAAUAUACAGAUUUCUCUGA